CUUGUUUUAUCUGUGCUCUUGUCUGUCUAAUGUAUUUUCUAUUGACUUAUAAACUUUGUCUGUACUGGAUUUUAACUGAUUAUCAAUCCAAAAACACAUGGUCAUGAAAAUUAAUUCAGACACAGACUGAUGAUGCCACUAAUACCCGAACGGUUUCUCUUUCUCCGCUUCUGUGAUGUGUGUAAUGCGCAUGCGCUGCUGCUGGCCGGGCCUGGCUGGGAGCAGUGGGCGGGGCUUGGUUACCUGAGUCUCGUGAUGGUACAACAAAAACAUGAGAUUUGGAGGAGGAGCAAAAGAAGACAAACACAAUCAGGUCGCCGAUCUAUAUUGACGCAUAUGUUGGUAUCGAUAUCGAUUAAUAUUUGCAUCGACCCGCCCACCACUAGUUUCUGUUUCAUUUCUCUGAUUCAGACUCCGGUCAGAGCAGGACAUGUCUCUCUGUCUCUGUCUCUGUCUCUGUCAACAGGAACCAGAUAGAUCCUUUCUUUAGUCUAUCUUCACUUAUUCUCAUCAUAUUUUCUCUCAUGACAUUUUUGUGUUACCUGUGAUACCUGAAAGGUCCGAAAGUCUCGUCAUAGCGCACCUGGAACGAGAAUUUAAUUUCAGAGUUUCUUAGGGUCUCCAAAAAGAAGAAGAAAUGAAGAGGAAGAGAACUCACUGUGAAGAAGAGGAGGAGGAGGUAGUGGUGGUGGAGGAGGAGGAGGAGGACAAUGAAGAGUUUCUGAUCAGAAGAACCAGCCUCAGGGGAAAUAAACGACCCCGAUAUUUUGAAGAUAUAAAUGAGGAGGGGGAGGAGUCUGAUGAGUCUGAUGAGGAGUCUGAUGAGGAGUCUGAGGAGUCUGAUGAGGAGGAUCAACUCAAACCAGUUCCAGGAAGAACAGGACUCCUGCCUGUUACCUGUGGAUCCAGGAAGGGCGUCAUGGACGUACCAAAGCUGCAGAGAGGUGAGGAAUGCAUACAGUGUGAAGCCGGCAUUUUGAAUCCUCCUGAAUUUGAGACCUUUGGAGGAAGAGGCUCUUCUAAGAAAUGGAAAGCUACUAUUUUCCAUAACAAGAAACCUCUACAGUUCUGGCUCGAGAAAGGCAGGCUGAGCACUAUAGGAUAUAACCAGAGAGGAAGAGCAGCAGCAGCAGAGCCGUCAGGCUCAGAGACCUCCUCUGAACACCUCUCUGCUCCAAGAGCUAAUCUGGUUCUAGUCUCCAAGGAACAUGCAGGAACCAAGGAAGAAGAUGAAGAAGAUGAAGACUGGCUUCCGGGUGGUGAAGAGGUGAGGGAGGAGGAAGCUGGAGAAGACGAGAGGAAGGAAGAAGGAUCUAAAGAGACAACGUCCCUGCUGAUGGACGUGAGGGUGAUUGUGGAGAGACUCCCAGAGAAUGGAGAUGAUCUGAGAGAGGACGGAGACUCUCUAGUCAACAUGAAAACGGAAAGAGAACGCCUGACACAGAACAGUGACAGAGAAGAACCCCAGAGAGAACCAAGUGCAUCUGCAGCAGCAGCUUCCUCGUCUCCAGUCAACAUUCAAACUGGAACAGUGGACCGACCUGGAUCAGCGAUGGGAGGCCCAGAUAUCGGGGGGAACCUUCACGGUGUCACUGAGGUCCCCAGCUCUGGCCUCCAGUCAGAGACCAGGGUUCUCCGAGCGGCUCAGAGCUCAGACGAGUCUCGUCUGUCCGACUCCGCCGACCUCCUUCAACUCAACAAGGAAAAGAUUCAACUGCAGCUGAAAGUUCUAAAGCUACAGGAAGAAUAUUACUCUCUGAAAAUCAGGGGCCUUCAGAACUGAAUUUGUGUUUUCAGCUGAACGUCCUCUGGUCUGAUGAAACAUGAACUGAUCUUUGAAACAUGUGGAGGAAAGAGGAGGAACACCACCCCAACACUGGAGCACGGAGGCGGAAGCAUCAGGAAGUGGAGGAGAUCCAGGAGGAGAAAGCUUGGUCACAGAUAGACGUCCACAUGGAAACGUGUUCAGGACAGACAUCAGACAUCUGGACGUCUUUUAGAAGGUCUGAGGACAUCUGACCGAGUUUAACAGUUUGACUGGACUUGACUCUGUGUCUUAGUUUUUAUUGAUGUUAGUCUGACUAAUGUUCUGUCUUCACCAUGAGACACUUGUCCUUUGACUCAGGUAUUUUUUAUUUUAACAGAUAGAAACAUUAGAAAACGUUUUUAUAUAAAACCUGAACAUAGAGACGA